UGAGAUUUGAGUGGUCAGACUCUGACCGGUCUCGAUUUGUUUCAUUUCAUUUCCGCGUCAACAGCCAGCGUAAUAUCAAUCAUUCUUCUUCCUCUGAUCCCACAGAAAAACCCUAGCAUCUUCUCUCAUUUCCCCCCAAAUCUCACGAUUAGUUUAUACCAAGGGGGGAGGAUAAUCAUCAAGGUCAACCCAUGGAAGCUUAAAGGGGAAUCGAAUCCUCUCAUACUCUCACAAUCGGGAUCGGUGUUGUAGAAUCUGGGGGGGAAGGCCGAGAAAAGAAAAUGUCGUCGGAGAUUGAGGUCGUGGAAGAAGUCCAAUCGAAUCCCAAGGCGAACGGGGAAUCGAGUUCCAAAGGGAUUGAAGAUGAGAGCUUGAAGAACGAUGUUUAUACUGCGGCGGCUUAUGGUGAUUUGGAGAAGCUUCAUCGAUUGGUCGAGUGUGAGGGUUGCUCUGUUUCUGAGCCCGAUGGCCUUGGCUACUAUGCUCUUCAGUGGUCCGCCUUGAACAACCGCACAGCCGUUGCGCAGUAUAUUAUCGAGCAUGGUGGAGAUAUAAACGCGACAGAUCAUACUGGACAGACUGCGUUGCACUGGAGUGCUGUUCGCGGUGCGAUACAAGUUGCAGAACUCUUGCUACAAGAGGGUGCAAGGGUAGAUGCAACAGAUAUGUAUGGAUAUCAGCCAACACAUGUUGCAGCACAGUAUGGCCAGACUGCUUUUCUCUGUCACGUCGUCUCAAAGUGGAAUGCUGAUCCUGAUGUGCCCGAUAAUGAUGGAAGAAGCCCCUUGCACUGGGCUGCAUAUAAAGGUUUUGCAGAUUCCAUUCGCCUUCUUUUAUUUCUAGACGCAUAUAGAGGACGGCAGGACAAAGAAGGUUGCACUCCUUUGCACUGGGCUGCCAUUCGAGGUAAUUUAGAGGCUUGCACUGUCUUGGUUCAGGCUGGAAAGAAAGAGGAUUUGAUGAUUACUGACAAUACCGGCCUUACCCCUGCACAACUUGCUGCUGAAAAGAAUCACCGACAAGUUUCUUUUUUCCUUGGUAAUGCUAGAAGGCUGCUUGAAAAGCGGUGUGACGGAAGCAGUCCCCUUGGAAGAUUAUCAAAGUUGGGACUUGCUCCAGUUCUUUGGUCCAUGAUCCUGCUGCUUCUACUUAUAUAUACUAAUUCUGUUAUUUUGGCAUCCAAUCUGCCAAAGCUAACAACUGGGAUUGGUGCGCUUGCAUGGCUGGGAUUCCUUCUUGCAACUGGAGGGCUUGUUUUGUUUUACCGUUGUAGCAAAAAGGAUCCAGGUUACAUUAGAAUGAAUAUCCAUGAUCCGCAGACCAUGAAAGAUGAUGUUGGAACCACUGUUGAAAAUAGAGUUAAACAACCCUGCUUUGCUUGCUGGGAAUUGGACGCAGCUCUGUGCAACAUGCAAGCGCCUACUUUGUUUCUUUUUGUUCAGAUUAUCAGACCUCUUCGAGCUAAGCACUGUUCCACCUGUGAUCGUUGUGUAGAGCAAUUUGAUCAUCAUUGUCCUUGGGUAUCAAACUGUGUCGGAAAAAAGAACAAGUGGGACUUUUUCCUUUUUCUUCUACUUGAAGUUCUAGCGAUGCUGAUAACUGGUGGCGUCACUCUUGCAAGAGUCUUGAGUGACCCUUCAGCUCCAUCUUCGUUUGGAGCAUGGAUGAGCCAUGUCGCUAGUAAUCAUGUGGGGGCGUUAUCCUUUCUGCUUAUUGAAUUCUGUCUCUUCUUUUCAGUUGCCGUCUUAACAGUCAUACAGGGGUCUCAGAUAUCGAGGAACAUAACCACAAACGAGAUGGCUAAUGCACUGCGCUACAGCUACCUAAGAGGUCCAGGCGGUCGCUUCAGGAAUCCUUACGAUCUGGGUUGCAGAAGAAACUGCUCGGAUUUCUUGGUGAAAGGUUAUAACGAAGACAUUGAGUGUCAUGAAGAGGACACAACACAGAGACAAGAGGGUAUUAGUAUGAUGCAGAUGCAGCGGAGUCCUAAUAUUCAGAAUGGCAAUGGCCACGUUGCUAUCGAUGUUAAUCCGAUACAUAAUUCGCAGUCAGCACAUGUUCAUUCUUCCAACUGCAGCCAUAGCCAUACCAGUAAGUCAAAGAGUGAUAGUGUUCCUUUGGGUUUGGGACUUGGUCUUGGUCGUAACCCAACCCGACCUGUUGUACCUCCAUGAUUUAUGGUCGUGUCCCAAAGUUCUUCAUUGUGCAUUUGUGUUGUAAGAAACACGUGUGUUCCUAUCAUCGUGUAACGAUAACACAUCCCAUUUCAGGUGAAGAUAGCAUUUUAACAGAAAUGGUUGUACGUUAUGUUUCUGAGUUGAGUAAUGGAAGUUUGAAUCCAUAAAUAGUUUGGUAAUCCUUGUUUUUUUCUUAAAUCACAACCAGAUGCAAACUAAUCGUCACAAACACAGCGUUACAUAUUAUAUAUAUAUGAACUACAAGAGAAUGACUUGACUAUCUCAAAUGCCUACACACCAAAAUCUUGUGGAGAUCCCAAAAAAAGGAAAAAGAAAGAAUGUUGUUGUGUGUAUGAUGAACGUUUCACGCCAAAUGAAAUCUGAGUCAGAACCAACGUAUAAAGCCACAACUCACCCGGUGACAGAAGAAGAAACUGCAGGAUAUUUGCUUCACUACUCGCCAAAUCAAUUGUAUGAAUGUUACACAAACAAAAUAAGAACAUAUAUGCAUAUAUGUUUCUUUCUGUCUACAAAAAUCUGAAUUUGAAAUCCUCCUGUACCACAAGACAAAACCUUGAAACGAAAAGCUUGAUCAAGAUAAAUGACCAAAGUCAUUGUGUGCCACUGGAAAACCUCUUCAACCACGUUGGAUUUCUGUAUUUGACACAUGAACAAUAUUUCCAGUCCUUCUCUUUAUUAUCUCCUCAAACUGGUCUGGAGGGAUCUCAUUUCUCCAUCGUUUUGCUUCAUAUAUCUCGUUAAAUAUCUGUAUUAUCUCUUCCAUGUGAAGCCUUAGUACCUCGUAAAGGACUGUCUGCCACAUGAUCAUCACUUAUCACCGCAUCAACAUCCUCCUUACAAGUUGCAGCCAACUCAAAUAUCUCCACUGCAGCUUCUAAACUCUCCUGCCAUGUUGGUAGGUCGAGUUUGUACUCCAUGAUUGAUCGCUCAUAAAGUACAGAACACAGUAAAACAUCUAGCCAAGACUUCAACUUUGCUGCUUCAUCUGCUGUGUUAUCUUGCGUUGAGCUACCUGGUACUUCGGAUCCCAGAUUUUUCAACACUUCCAUAGACGUUUUGAUAUUGCUUUCGGCGCUUUGAUAAAGCUGCACCACAGCUGCAUAUGGCCAUGUUUUCAAAUCAAGGUGACUGACAAUUACAUAGUACCACGAGUGUCUUGCUUCCUCAAACUGCUGGAGACCUAGCGCAAGAUAGACUUCAAACAAAUCCGGUUUUAUCCUCAUGGCCUCUUCGUACUUCUCUUUUGCUUUUGCGUGCUCUCUCUGAGCGCAUUCAUAAGCAGUUUUAACUUGCUCAGAAACGGAUUCUCCAGAAACACCUCGCAGGAGGCUCAACCUUUUCUUUGCCCCUGACAUGUGCACAUUCCCCAGCUUUAACAAUGAACGUGCUGCCACUUCUUGGAAUUGCCGAGCUGCUUUUUCGAAAGGCCCUUGAGCUUCAUCAGAGGUUACCACUUCCUCCAUAGCUUCUGAAUUCAGUUUCAUCCCAAGUUCUUGAAGAUUCAAGCAUGUCUCAGGAUCAACUCUGGCCUGGACCUUAAAUAGCCGAGCAAACUCAACCAUCCAGUCUUCAAUCUUACUGGUACCUCUUCCGUUUACCUUUGAUUUAAAAGAAUCAGCGGUUAUCUUGAGCUUCUUCAUCUCAACUAAUCUUCCGAAAAAGGGAUCCUGCUCAGGACUAACUUCCACUACAUAAUACCUCAUACUCACAGUGUUCAGUGACCUUGCUAACACCUCACUCAUUCUUAGCUCUUCAUCUGUUGUGAUUGUCACUAAAUCUCCUUCUUGGUCCUUGUACUUUAUAUGAACCGCCCUUAAGCUUGGGAAACGCUCGUGAACAACUUCCCUAAGCUGAAAGAGAGUGCAGUUUAAAGGCAACUCAGCCAAUCUAAUGUCUUCAGAGUACACAAACUUCACAGCCUUCUUCACAUCUCCGAUACUUUUAUCCUCAACGAUCACUUUCUCCUGUUGUUUCUCUUUCACUUUCUUCUUGCUCUUCUUAUCGAUAAUCUUUUCCUUUCCCUUCUCACCUGCAAGAUUGUUGUUAUUCUUCUUCUCCGUCUCUGCAUUCUCACCAUCACUCUUCUCCUGCACUUGAUUGCUUCUUUUCUUCUUCUUCGCUCGUGCCCACAGUGCAGAGGAAGCCUCAGCAGGCUCAACGUAAUCCGGAGGCAGCUCUAUCACUGAAUCUUUGAUCAUUAACCCUUUGCUCUCCAAAGUUUUCUUAAGCUUAUCGACAAUAUCAGACGCCAUGGGGUUUUUUGGAUCCAGUUUCGAGACCAAAGAAACAUCUUUCAACGCCAAAUCUAACUUAUUCAAGGCCUCAUAGCAUCUUGCCCUCUUCAACAAUGCUUUGCUAUAGUCAGGAGCGAUGCUAAGUGCUAAAUCGCAUUCUUGGAUUGCUUUCGCAUACUCUCCAGGAUCCAAUUGCAUAUAACACGAAGCCAUAUUAGCUCGAACAUGAGCCACCUCUACAUGAUCUUUAGGGAGUAUCUUGAUUGCUUCCCCGUAUUUAAGCAUUGCACCAUCAUAAUCUCUCCUCUGAAACAACUUGUUACCUUCUUCUUUCAACCCUUGUGCCUUUGAAACAAAAUCUACAGCUUCUUCAACCUUGGAAUCUCCCUGAACAAAACCAUCCACUUGACUUUGGCUUGUUUCGGGUUCUAACUUUCCCUUGAGCUUCUCCAUGGUGAGAUUUCUCAGAAGCAAAACACACAAGAGAAAAUUUCCGAAAUUUUAACCAAAGGUUUCUACUUGAAAGCCGCACAUGAGAUUCUCUAUGUCGAAUUCAUGUGAGCUUCAAAAGAGAAACUAAAACAGCUAAUUUCACAGGUCUGACAAUGGAACAGUACACAUCGAAACGAAAGAAGAUAUACUACAAGAAUUGAGUAUAUAAUUUACAAAAUCCCUAGGGAUUGCAGAUAGAACACGAAACGUGUCUACCUCUUUGUGAAUCGAGAUCCUUAAUCGCAGAAGAAACGGCAAUUUUCCGAGCUGAGUCUAGAGAGAUUAUAUAAUCUGGAAUGGGUUUUCUCGGGAAAGAGAUUUAAAAAUUUCCGGGAAAUAGAUGGGAGGAAGAAGAAGCGAUGGAAAGAGGAUGAAGGAAGAAGAAAAGAUUAUGAGACCACCAUGUGGCUCUGUACAUCUGUAACGGAGAUAGCUUUGUCUAAAAGCCACGACAAAGGUUG